AUGAAGUCUACUGCCUUUCUUCUCUACAUCUGCAUCUUUGCUCUUCUAUCUCCUCUGCAAUGCGGCACGUCCUCCAGUGGCGCGGAUGACAGGCGGUGGUUGGUGUCACUGGUAGACCUCGUCGAGCUGGAUUAUGUGGAUCACUGCGAAAAGAGAGCUGAUGCUUCCUGGAAUGAACUUCUUGGGCAAAGCAAAGGCUUGGCUAUGAAGUUGGAACGAGACAAAUCCUUCGGCAUGUUUGUAUGUAAACAAACGACCGAUAUAAAGAGCGCACUAACCGCACAUGCAUUGGCAGCGGACGACAACGUGCUAAGGAGAAAAGUAACACUACUGCUGCAGCCUGGUGAUACUCUCCUGGAGACUGAGCAGUGGAUCAGGCUUGUGACAUUCGGUGACAACGCUCUCAACAAAAUUAGAUUUGCUACCAACUACGACUGCGGUACUUCCAGUAACUGUACGCUGAGAGAGCUUCAUUACAAUUUGGCACGACAACAAGAUGAAGACACAUUACGGAGAAUGAAGCAGUCGUGGGAGAGAAACUUGCCGGAUAUUAAUGAUUACUUGGAACACAUGCUGCCAUUACUGCGGAAUGCUUCAAAACAAAACAGUAAGUAA